AUGAAGAGUCUAAAGAGAGCAAAAAGAGUAGAAGCUCAGAACAAGGCAUUCGAGAUGUAUCUAAAGCUAAAGGAGGCUCCUCAAGGAUCCUGUGUUGAGGAGGAUGUUUUGCUAUAUUUGUUGAAAAAUAUGGAGCUUCGGAGAGAAGUUCCUGCCACAUUACUUGGCAUUAUUGAGGUGUUAAGGAUAAAUGCACCUAAAUGCUUUUUAAGCCGAGAAGAAAAGCAGAGAUUCUUUAGAUUGCUUGUGGAGACUCUUCCAAAGGAAAAGAUAAAUCUGGAAACCUUCAUCACAUAUAGAAUUCCCAGUUUGCUAACAGAUAAAGCAUUGAUUUCCAAGUUAGCGGGGUUGACGGAGGUAGUUAGCGGAACUGCAAAGAAGUAUCUGAAGGAGAUUAUGAUUAUAUUGAUAGAGGAAGGAACUGAAGACUCUGUAAGAGAGGUAGUCAGGGCUGUACUCCUCCAUAUACCCAAGGACCCCACAUUCAACACUGUAAUUGAGGUUACAAAGGAGAUUUCGAUGCCUGCAGUUGCUAUAUUAAUGGAAAGCUUUGAGGACAAAGUAUAUGCAGACGUGUACUCAAGCUUUACUCUAAAAGAAUGUCUAUGUGUAAGAAACAUCAAGGGACAAGGAAAAUUGAAGUACCUAACUGCAGCAAUGUCUGAAAAGAACUUCGAAAAGCUUUGUAGCUUUUACAUCGGUGAUAGAGACAAGAAGGUAAUCAAGAUUCUGGCCGAGAACUGCAGUGCGGGUCAUGAAGAAAUAUUUUAUAGGAUUGUCAACGAUUGCGAUGAGGAUGUCCGCAUGGCAUUGUUAGAAAGAAUUUCCUUUGAAGAUGUUGUCGAGCAUUCACUGGACAUCUAUGAGAGGAUUCUCGAUACAAGCCACAAGGUUAGGGAGGUUGUUUUCAACAUAUUCAGAUCUGGGAUGUUGCUUCACAAGGACUCCCUGCUUAAGAUUGCGGAAGGUUCAAAAGAAAAUAAAGAGAACGGUUCCAGAAGGACAAGACAUGAGGCAGAAUGCCUCUUAAAGUUUGUCAAGCUUGCACUCAAAGGCAUUUUUACCAGCCAAAGGAAGGCGUAUGUUGAGUUGUUGAAUGAAUGCAACCUCCCGUGGGAGUUUUAUUUUCAUAUAAAGUCCUUUAAGGGAGUAACUACUUUUCUGAGUCUAAACUCCGAAAGAAUGAAGGAGGAAAAUGCAGAGCUUCCUGAAUGCGAGGAAAGAAGGAGAUUCUAUCUAGAAUACUUUUUUUCAGGAAAGAUUCCCAAGCAAAGAACUCUAGGGCUUAUAGAAACAGACAUUCCAUCUGCUUUGGCGUAUCUCCGGGGAAAAGCUGACCUGAGUGAAUACGCAGAAUUAUUAAUAAACAAGGCAUUAGCCAGUAGCAAUGUUAAAGAGAUACUGAUGAUAAUAGAGGUGGUGAAGCCCUACCUUACUGAGAAGAUUCCUCUGAUGUGUCCAAAGUCGAAUGCAGAACUUCUAGUCUAUGCGCACUCAAAGCAUUCGUCAUACUUUUCUAGCCAGGUGCUAGAUUUCGAGAUCUCAUUUCCAAUGCUGUACUUUUUAUCUCACAUGAAAAUGCCAGUGGAUGUACUUCUUCCCUUGCUUCUAGAAUACAAAGGCAGCAUGGAAGAAUAUGUUGAAAUCCAGCUAGCACAUAACAGCAAGAGAUUGCUUCAAGAAUUUACCGAUUAUUUUAUGGAAAUCAAUCUAGAUGAAGACUCGAAGACAAAACUCGUUAAGAGCAAAACAUUCGUAGGGUCCAUGAUAUACUUUCUGAACACUGGGCAGGUAAGCAUAAGAAAUACAGACUUCUUUAUCUCCUCAAUUUGCCUUGUAUGUGCGGGCCUAGGCAACGAGCCUAAGGUCAAAUACAUCUACGAAACAUAUUCAAUGAAGGUGGAUCAGAUCACAUUCAACAAAUUCUAUACGAUAUGCUCGAGGCUCAAGACCAUGUCUCUGAACAAGGAGCCUUAUCAAAUAGACGAGGGGAAGGUGAUAAUCAAAAAAAAUGACAAAACAUUGUUUCUUAUAUGUGAAACGGUACUCAAUGCUCGGGCGGGGGAAAUAUCUAAUGAAAGAUUCAACCUAAACGGAUUCUAUCCAAUUUCUGAGGACGUGCUAAGCGUGAUUUCUUUAGGACGUAUGAUAUAG